AUGCCCUUGCGGUCUGUAGCAAAUGCAUACAAUAUUAGUAAAUCUCACUUGGGUAGACUUGUUAAAAAAGCUAAGGCAGCAGAAGAAGACUUUCGAUAUUGUCCCAAUAUCGGGAACCGUAGAAUUUUUACUGUGGAACAGGAAAAUAAGUUAUCAGAGUAUUUGAAAACAUCAGCUGAAAUAUGUUUAGAGUUAACAACUGUCCAAGUCAGAGAGUUAGCUUAUCAAUAUGCUUUAAAAUUAGGGAUUGCUCCUGAUAAGUGGCAUGUUAACAAAAUAGCAACAAUUGAUUGGUUUAAGAAGUUUUUGAAGCGACAAGUUGCAUUGAAUGUUAAAAAGCCCGAAAACACGCCUUUAGCACAAAGCAAACCUUUUAAUAAAGUCAAUGAGACUAAAAUUUUUAAUAAUUUAGAAGAGUCUUACAAAAAAUUUAAAUUACCGCCAAACAUGGUUUGGAACACCAAUGAAACAGGAUGUACUACAGUCCUUAAUGCACCAAAAGUAGUCGUUGAAGCAGAACUUAAAAGCGUCGGCCAGAUUAGUUCUACAGAGUGUGGAUCCUUGGUCACUAUGUUGGCAUUUGCAAAUGCUACAGGCGGUAGUACUCCGCCAGUUUUCAUAUUUCCGAAGCUUAACUGCCUCGGUGUAGUGGCUGGCAUGUACGGCUCAUCCACAGGUCCUGGGUUCGAGUCCCGGGUCAAGGUUAACCCGGAGUUGGGAAGUUGGCGGUGUUUCAACCCCAUGCCUCGAAGAGCACGUGUCGCGUCGGCCCUGCGCCUUAACUCUCACUGGUGGUGUCGUCCCACCGGAGUA